GAACUCACUGGAUAAUGCCACUAGUCACGGAGAACUUUGAAAUAAAAUUCGUAGAUUGUUCUCAACCUGUCUAAGAAACUGCGAUAGAGAGUGAACGCAUAUAUUGGAUACUACUUGAGCAUUGCGGUCACUCAAAAUUCUCAAAGACUGUGAAUUUAUUUACACUACGUGGAUUGUGGAAAUUUUCUUAUACUAAUACCUGGAUCAAGGUCACUAUGAAGAUGGGAUAGCCAUGGAAACGUAUGCAACUAGCAAAGACAAGCACGCUACACCGAGCAAGAAAUAACUACCGAAGUAUAUGUCUAAAGAAGAAAAUAUCGAUUCGAAAAACAACUGUCGUCUAAAACCUGCCUGCUUAAGAAAAAAGGACUAAAUGCAAAAUUUAGAGUGAUUUGGAUUUUAUUGACCUAAUCUGGAUGUUAUGAAUACGACUACACAUAACAGAACGUGAACAAAUGUAUGUAUGUUAAGUGACAUUUAGACAAAGGAGCGCUAAGAGAAUAUCAGAGAAACAAUUCAUUACUAUAAUUAGAAAGACAGUCAUACCAUGAAGAUGGUAAACAAGCAGAUGCAGGAACCUUUAACUGAAUAGCGAUAAAAACAAAGUAACAUAUUGAAUAGAAACAUAAAAACCGAUGUGUUAGCAAUAGAAGCAUACAAUUUUGUAUGAGGAAUAAACUAUUACAUAAAACGGAUAGAUAAAAUACCAGCAAAUCUUUUGCCGAGUUUUGCGCUAAAUAGGAAUACUGUUUGCUGCAAUUUCAGAUACAAUCCUGUGAAAUUCUCCUGUCAGGAAAUUUUAUGUGUGAAAUGGUGGAAUAACUGCGGCUUUUAGUGUGCAGCAUAUAAAACUAAGGAUUAUAUGAAAUCAUAAUGAAAUCAUUUCAACAUAGUUGCACCUUAGAUGGAGAGUUCAUACUAUGUGAUGCAAGGGUAGGAAAAUUUUAACUGGUGUGUUUAUUUAAAUAUAAGUGAUAUUGAAAUACCACGAAAUAGUUUAGAAGAAAAGCAUUUAUUAAAUUAUAUAUUUCUUCAUGAAAUCAUUAAAAUAUGACAAUAAUUAGUUUUAAUUUACCAGUCCUCUAGGAAAGCACAUUUAUACGUUUGGAGUAAUAUUUUAUCUGAUACAUUUUGCAUGUGACACAAAUAAGCGGCAAAAUGCAUUGACCAUCCUCAAAAUGUUUUUGUAGAAAUCUGGAUGCAAUUCAUUGUGAAAGUUAAUGGAAACUAUACAUAAACGGACAGAAUAAUCUUCACAGGUUGAGACGCUUAUCACGUUAAAUGGAUUGAGUUCCAUCAUGAAUACAAAUAAGCCAAUUUACAGAAGGAUGUGAUAACAAGUCUUUUGUGGCUCUGUCAAGUGUGCUUCUCAUAUUUUGUCAAUGGCAACUACAGAAAAAAAAAUAUUUUUCAUUUCUGUUCCGGCAAAAUAGACAUAUUUGGCUACGAGUUUAAGAUCGUAGGCGCUUUUGUUGUAUUUUUUUCUGAGCAGAGAAAAACGAAACCAUUAGGGGAAUCGUAAUAUCUGAUAUCUCGAAUUCUCCUCAUAUUUCCUUCGGUAAUUUAUGAGACAAUUUAAAUUGUAACAAAUAUAUCCAUCAGCAAGGGAUUGCAAAAUCCAUUUCAAAGAGACGCUUGGAAGUUUACAGUGCUCCGAACUUGAAGUAAAAUUUGCAACUACUGUUUACAUAGGGAGGCAUAUAUGCUAGUUAACACAAUUCAAAAAAAAGGAAACGCUGCUAGGAGUUAUUUUAAGACGGUAAAAAUAAUAGUGGUCAUUACUUCCAGAGGGAGAAAAUAAAACAAGUGAACAUUUUUCACAGAGAAUUGGAAAGUACAUUUUUGGUGUUAUUUCAUUACAAAAACAUUGAUAAAGUACGCAGUCAGUGGAAGUUAACUGCGUUACCAAGGCUGUUUUUAGCCAAAUAUUUUUGAUUUCCUUACUCAGAUUCAGAAAUGGCAUUACAAAUGGCAGUUGUAUCAACCACUUAAAACUUUCACGUGGACAAACCAUAAAUAGAUAUUUUAUACUACACAGAAACAUAAGACGGUUUCGUCUCUCAUACAUUAUCAAAGAUUAUGCUCUGAUAUUUUAUCAAAGACAAUAACAUUAAAUGAAUGUAAAGGGACUAGAGUAUUCAUUCACAGGUGACACCAUCUAUGAACAAAGCCAUUUUGAUAAGAACGUGUAAUGUACAGGACAAGUAAGUUCAUCGCACUGAUAUAAACUUAUUAAUUGAAAUAUAAAUCUUCAAAAUCAUCCUUUUAGUAGUGAUUCCUAUCGCUUAACUGUAGCUUUACGGCCAGUCAUUACAAUUUACUGUUUAAUGACCAAUAAGUGUGUACCCAAAUACUGAAGAUUACUUUUAUUGGACGGCAAUAACAGAAUAAUUACCACAUUAUUCAAUGGUAACCGGGCUUAAUUUCGUAAAACUGACUCGUAAGGACUUUUAAAAGAUUGCAUUGUCAAACUUUGCUGCAAUUAAUUGAAGAGUAAGUGUGUCCUGGAAAUUUUCCAUAAUACGGAAAUCUUGGGAUAUGUCACUAAUGUAGUGAAUUCAUUCCCAAUUAUCGGACGAGAUCGGUGCGUCUUAUUAGAGACCGAGAAAUAGACGAACACCAUGGGACAUUGUACAAAGUAAAUCGGGAAAUUAUUCAGACAAAUUCGUCAAGUGUGUCAUCGAAAUUGGACGUUUGUUGCGGAAGUUUAUCAGGAUUGUGUUUGAUUUUUACAAAAGAAACAUAUAUUAACAUCAAUCCUGCGUUCUGAUAUAUUUUUCUCAUUAUUAGAUAGCUACUUUUUACGAAAGGAGUGUUUUGCGCUUUGAAUGUAUAGUUGAUGGAUUUGUUCUAAAAAAGGAGUGAAAUUCGUAAUAUGGGAUAGGAUAGGCCCAUAUAUAAAAGUGCCUAAGGAAUGAUAAAGAAUUAAAUGGUUAUGAAUCCGAAAUGGAUGUAACAAGCUCGGAAUGUUUCAAUGCGUCAAACGCUUUAACGGACGAACCAACACCAGAUAUUGUUGUGAAAACUGUUGCUCUAGGUAUGAUAGACCUAGCUGUAGUUCUUGGUAACAGCCUUGUGAUAGCAGCUGUAUUGACUACCAGAAAGUUAAGGACUGUUACUAACAUAUUUAUUGUGUCAUUAGCGUGUGCUGAUUUAUUACUAGGUUUUGCUGUGUUGCCUUUUUCUAUUUCUAUUGAAGUUGUGGAUGUUUGGUUAUGGGGGCAAAUAUGGUGCAGCAUGUGGCUAGCUAUUGACGUGUGGCUAUGCACAGCUUCGAUCCUCAGUUUAUGCGCUAUCAGUUUGGAUCGUUUCGUGGCAGUGACACACCCGAUACGUUACCCGAGCAUAAUGUCACCGUUUCGUGGGCGCGUACUAGUUUCAUUAGUGUGGAUUCUUUCUUUUGUAAUUUGUCUUCCGCCUUUAUUAGGUUGGAAUGAUGGUGGUGAAUCAGAAAAAAAGUACACAAACUCAUUUCACAACCGCUCAACCUCAAAUCUCGAUAAGCUUCUAGACAGUCCCCCAGGAUCCAGUGAAGAUACUCUCUUUAAUCUUACCGCUGCUGAAUAUUUCGAUGGAUUGUUAUCCAAUAUCAGCCUGUUUAUGAACAAAUCCGACACUUGUAAUUUAGAAAAUCUAACUUGUGAACUUACGCCUACAAAGGGCUACAGGAUUUAUGCAGCGAUGGGAUCUUUCUUUAUCCCAGCACUCGUAAUGGUGUUUUUCUAUUUUCGCAUUUAUCUGACCGCAGUACGUACUGCUGCUUCCAUUCGGAAAGGCGUGCUAACAACUCGUGCAAGCAGUGAAUUAGCGCACCAUAAUGGAAUUGGUGAUGACGAAAUACAUUUACGCGUGCAUCGCGGUGGAGGUUCGUCGAGAUAUUCUUCAUGUCGUAGUUAUGACUGGAAAUCUGCUUCACAACGUAUUCUGAAGAAGGAACGCCAGGAAUCUGCUCAUUUAGGUGAACAUCGAACGAUCGUAAACGCAACUGAUACUCGUGAAUCUAACGGUCGAGCUCACUUGAUUUUGAAAGAUGAUAAAACGCUUAAGGCAAAUAAUGGCAAUUGCGUGAAAUGGUCACACAACAUUUUUAAACCUAUUGCAAAACAGUUUAAGAGAUCAAAAGAAAAGAGCUAUAUACAAUCUAGUGAAGAGGAUUCAACGGAAAUGGAAGUUUUAAAUUCAGAAGGCAAAAGCCAUAGCUUGUCUAAGCCAAACUCUCUUCGUUUACACGGUGAUAGUCCCAAUAACUCCCCAGCUCAAUCUUUGAAACGAUCACCACGCAGAAUCAAGUUACUCAUCAGAGAAGGCAAAGCUACGUCGUCUAUAAAAGGACAUGCGCGAAAAUUUAAAAGAGAAGCCAAAGCGGCAAAGACUCUAGCAAUAAUAGUGGGUGCUUUUAUUGUUUGUUGGUGUCCAUUUUUCACCAUCUAUUUAUUAGGCGCAUUCUGUCAAGGAUGUGUCAGUGAUAUUGUUUUUGCUGUCUUCUUUUGGCUAGGUUAUUGCAAUUCAGCCUUAAAUCCUUGUAUAUAUGCGCUCUUUGCGAGAGAUUUUAGGUCAGCCUUUAAAAGACUGUUGUUCUGCAAACGGCGGAAAGGACUUACCCACGCUACACGUGCAGAUUAUAUCACAGGUACUCGGAACAGAAUGGCUACUCCAUUGCAUGACAAUGAUAGUACAUCUGAUUUUUGAACAAAAUGAAAUAAUAAGAGUUUUAGAAAAAAUGAAAUAAUUAUUAUUCCGUGCAAUAAGAUAGAAAGAAAUAUUUGUAUUUAAAACUGUAGAACUAUGGAAGUCGAAAUGAGUAAAGUACAAUAUUCUGUAGAUUUCAUAAUGUUUGCCAUUGUAUUUUUGCCACUAUUGUUGCCAAAGAUGUCAUAAAUAUUUACACGUUUUACCAACCAAAAAAUUAGAUCUUUAAGAACUGGAGUAAGGCUGUUCGGUAUCACAUCGGCAUAAAACAAUAGAACUGGGGCGAAAAUUAUCGAAUCUUUAGUACCAACUUUAGUUUAAUGUUGGAGAUGAUACUGAGUUUAAACAUUAUUAGAAUAACUUUUACAUUUUUUUCUUGUUAUUUAUAUUGAGUAUGUUUAACAACUUUGAACAUAUUCCAAAAUACAAAGCAUUACAGAUACAUUAAAGAAUGCAAUUUAGAUUUAUUUAAAGGUUCUGAAAAAUGUCAAAUGGUACAUUGAUAAUACAGCACUUUUUCAGCCAACUCCUGUUUUUAUCUAAAAUCAUUUCCGUCACGUAUUUCUUGAUUGGAAAGAUUCUCAUAUUGAAAUUUAAUUUUGGUGUUUAUUUUUUGGAUAUCGACUCGUGUCAUUUCUAGCAAAGCUUAAAAUCUUUUGUUAGGCAUGUUAUUAGUAUCUUGUUAUAACUCUUUAAUCUAUAUUUAAUGUAUUGAGGGAAAUUGAUACAGAAAUGUGUGUGGUAAAAAAUAGAGUAAAUUCAAAUCACGUAUCAAAUUUUAUUAUGCAGUGCAUGUCACGGUUAAAAUUAAUUAGUCUUAAUCACAUUUUUAUUACAUUUUUUAAAAAAAUGGAUACAAUGAGACGUAUGAGCACUUUCUUGCAAUGUUCACGUUACUUUCUAUAGAGACCUUUGUAGUUGUGACAUUGCUGAAAGAUGUACACCAUUUUUCUGGUUUGAUUGUUCAAGUUUAAAUACUGUUUGUGAUAACAUUUUAUAGCUAAUCAAGAUAUAGUUCAUUCAACAGCAUAGUCUCAUUUCGACACAGUUAAAAUAGUAUGAAUUAUUUUUCAGUCAUUAUCGUACACCCUCUAGCAUCAACAUAUUUUGCAUUUUAACAUACUUCCCGUGCAUUGUGUAGACAACGAGAUAUUAAUUCUUUAAAGCAAGUAUUGUUCUAUUAUACCGUAGAAGGUUAUUGAAAUCGAUUUAGGCAAAUAGAUGAAAGAUUGAUUAUAAAGGUUAAGGCUCCUCUUUUAUGCCCUGUGUUAAUAUUACGUAAUAAAACAUUACACAGUCUUUGUUAUACCGAUGUAAAAUUAGAAACAAACGCAAUAGUGGAAAACGCAAAAGUGGACUGCCAGCAUAAUGGGUUACUGUUUACAAUUGUGUUAAUAAUAAAAAGUCAAAUUAUUAUGCAGUUUUCCUGUUUGUUCUGCAUAUAUUCAUUGUCUAUCAUUGUUUUGCUAAUGAGCUAAUUACUCUGUGAGUUUAACGUCACUCUGGCACAGUUAUAGGUCUUGUGGUGACUUUCCGGAAUUUUUUGGUUGGAGGAAGAACCGAAAUGACCCUUCCAUUCUUUGCCCUUUAUUGGCAAAUCGGCAUUACUAGUGCCUUUUUACCGUUUACAAUGCAGAUAUUCAAGAGUUUUAUUUCGUUAUUUAAAAGCUUCGCUUAUGAAUUUUGCAUUUUUAAUGGAUCUUGUUAGACAUACUGUUAAUGAAUUACUCUAAUAUGCUUGUUUCUGUUAAAACACGAUUAUGCUAAAAUGACGUAUCGUUAACGUGCGAUGACGUCAAUGUUUUUGUUGCGACCGAAAAAGAGCGCUACUAUAUUUUAUCUACUGUUUUAGAUUACGGGCAUAUUAGAACUGAAAUAAUGUAUAACAAAAUCGUGUUUUACCUAAAUUAAUACACUCAAAACCGGUUAUACGUCGCCAGAUUAAUUCACUCGAGCUACGCCCUCGGGUAAUUAUUCCGUGUAUUGAUAACGUUGACGGUUUUUCUACACAUUAUUUCUGAACUAACAGACGAGCAACAUUAACUAAUAUGUAAAUACUUAUAACAACUAAGUAAAAGAUUAUAUUCAUUUUCAACAAAUUGGCUGGGGGCAUAUUUUACAGAUCUUUUACAUGACCCAUUAAUAUCUAAUCAAUUCGAUGUAGUUCUUAAUCUUACUAUCUAAUAAAAAUCAUAACCAAAUUCAACUUAGAAUUGCUUAUAAUGUUUAAGUUUCGAUGCAUUUAAAUGACGUUUCCCAGUUAUGCAUGUACUGAUCUUGUGACCGUUGGUUAAAUAGAACAUAAUAAUUAGUUUGAAUCAAAAUUCAACCAGACAUCACUACGGCGUAAACUGUCUUACAAAAAUGUAAACAAGGUCUGCCACAUGGAUACAACCACAGACCUUUCGUAAAGCAGCAGCAUGGUUUCCGUACAUGAAGUAACUAUACACCCCACAAGUGAGGUUCUAUUCCCAAGGCGAUGUGGGGCAAGUGUUUCAAAGUCAGCGACCUUAACCGUAAGCCUACGGAUGCCCGAAAAAGCUAAUUACCGAGUACAUAUAUUUUCAUUCUUUUAUUUAACAAAUAAUUUAUAGUAAAAAAGUGUUUUAAUACUAUUUAUGCAGGAUGGGCGGUUAUACGUCGUGCGUAAUAAUUUCACGAGGGCGCAGCCCGGGUGAAAUUAUUUGAACGACGUAUUCCCGCCCGAAUGUAUAAAUAGUGUUAAAACACGAUUUUGCUACAAAUUAUUUCAAUUCUAAUAUGUUUUUGAUCUCUAUAGUAAUAACCAUUUGUUUGUGUAUGUGUUAUUUUGCUCGUUUAAAUAAUGAUAAUUGAAUGAUAUUUUCCUUGUUCAGAGCUGGUAUUUCGGUUUCUUAAGAAUUAAAAAUAAUCUUGUUUAAAUCUUUAUACCAUAUAUAAAGUCUAAUAAUGAAAAUAAGGACAAAGACCUGUGUAGUCAGAAAUGUUUAUUUUACAGUUAACGUAGUGGACACGUAAUGACAUUCGGCAAUUUCCGUUCGUUUACGUAUUCUCCGAAUGCGAUUUCGGCAUUCUUCGGUAGUUUAAAAAAAUGAUUUUCUGUGAUGGCCGAAGGAUUCCGAAAUCACAUCCGGAGGAUAUGCAGUCAACCGGAAAUUGUCAAUUGUUAUUAUGGAUCCAUUACCUUAAAUUGAGCAGGAGGGUACAAAACAACCGUGACUCUUCUUGAAAAUCUAAAAAGUGGAGUUCUCUAAUAUUUCAUUGAUCUUAAUCUUAAAGACGUAACAUGCAUUUGCAAAUGUAUAAUUGUGUUGAAAAUAUGUACACUUGACUGUCGGGAUAUAAAAUAAUCACGACAAAGAAGAUUAUAAAUGUUUAUUUUAUUGUAUGUAUAUAUAUUGGCAUGUACUUAAUAAUGGUAAAAAAUAUCAAUAAAAAAUAA